CCUGCGGACCAAAAAGCUUAAUGGUUUUUCGUUCUUGUUUGAAAAAACGUGCGCACUAUUUCAUCUGAAAUGCUUUCACGUGCGCUGGGGUUUGUAGGCUACCACUUGGCUGUCUGCCUAUUAAGUGUUUCGCGCUCGACACGAAUCGUUUGUCUGCUCUAUUAACACGUGCUCUUCUUUUUUUUUCUUUUUUUUUUACAGAACGCUGUUAGCAUUGUCAUUGAGAAAAAUUCUAAUCGGUGACUCGACGCGUUCCAUUGCACGGGUUGCUAUUUCAAAUGACGAAACUGGUUUCUUUCCUGAUAUCUACCGAAGAAUACCUCUCUGGAUUUUAUUCACUUUGUGUGGAUAGGUGUAUUUUCGUAGAAAAAAAGUGAGACUGUGAAUUGAUGUUUAUGCCAACUUAGGUUCUGAUUUGGCGAGGGUGCGUGAAGCGCACGCGCGCUGUGGGCGGGAAUAGACGCGCGUUUAUAAAGAGCGCUGUGCGCGUCGUGGGGCGGCGACACCGCGCGGAAACGGCUGUCAACGCAGAGGACUCCGUGAAGACGCGAAGGAAGUCCUUUUAAUUCAUUCCAAGCUGGGUGGGAGAGGCGCGCCUCUCUCGGGCCCCUUGUCGCCUCUCCCCCCCCCGGAAUGGAUGAACACUUCAACCUCAUAGACUCGCCGUCGACACGCCACAGGGGAAACAACGCCGAGAACCACGGCUACGCGGAGACAGAAAAGGGCAGCAUGACGGUGAUGGCGGCGGAGUUGCUGGAGGAAUCGGCCGCGCUCCCCGGCCACCUGUCGCUGGAUCGAUAUGAGGCGGAGCACGAGUGCUGCGAGAGAGUGGUCAUCAACAUCUCGGGCCUGCGCUUCGAGACGCAGCUCAAAACUUUCAACCAAUUUCCAGACACCUUGCUCGGCGAUCCGAAAAAGAGGAUGCGCUACUUCGAUCCGCUAAGGAAUGAGUACUUUUUCGACAGGAAUCGUCCAAGCUUUGACGCCAUCCUCUACUACUACCAGUCAGGCGGGCGCAUCCGGAGACCCGUCAACGUGCCCAUAGAUAUUUUCUCAGAAGAGAUCCGCUUUUAUCAGCUUGGCGAGGAAGCGAUGGAGAAAUUUCGUGAGGACGAGGGUUUUAUCAAAGAAGAGGAGCGCCCCUUGCCUAGCCAUGAGUUCCAGAGGCAGGUCUGGCUUUUAUUUGAAUACCCGGAGAGCUCGGGCCCGGCCAGGGGCAUUGCCAUCGUGUCAGUGUUGGUCAUUCUGAUCUCCAUCGUCAUUUUCUGUCUGGAAACUUUGCCUGAGUUUAGGGACGAUAAGGAUCCGGUAACAGUAGCGCCCAUAAUAAACGGCACUGGCCCGUACGGGUCAGGCUCUUUUACUGACCCUUUUUUUGUUAUCGAGACGCUUUGCAUAAUCUGGUUCUCAUUUGAGCUGCUUGUCCGCUUUUUCGCCUGCCCCAGCAAAGCCACCUUUUCCAAAAACAUCAUGAAUAUAAUCGACAUCGUGGCUAUAAUUCCGUACUUCAUCACCCUUGGUACAGAGUUGGCGGAAAGACAGGGUAAUGGGCAGCAGGCCAUGUCCCUGGCCAUCCUGCGCGUGAUCCGUCUAGUGCGAGUGUUUCGCAUCUUCAAGCUGUCGCGCCACUCCAAGGGCCUCCAGAUCCUUGGGCAGACGCUUAAAGCCAGCAUGAGGGAACUUGGUUUGCUGAUUUUCUUCUUGUUUAUCGGAGUCAUUUUAUUCUCCAGCGCUGUGUACUUCGCUGAGGCGGACGACCCUGCAUCCAGCUUCAGCAGCAUCCCGGACGCGUUCUGGUGGGCCGUGGUUACCAUGACUACGGUCGGCUACGGAGAUAUGCACCCGGUGACCAUCGGGGGGAAGAUCGUCGGCUCGCUAUGUGCCAUUGCUGGUGUUUUGACGAUCGCGCUUCCAGUGCCCGUCAUCGUCUCCAAUUUCAACUACUUCUACCACCGGGAGACGGACGGCGAGGAGCACGCGCAGUACCUGCACACGGGCAGCUGCGAGCAUCUCGAGUCCGCUGAGGAGAUGAAACGGACGCGGAGCACCUCGUCACUCAGCAAAUCGGAAUACAUGGUGAUAGAGGAGGGCAUAAACAGCGGCUUUAAACAGGCUAACUACACAAACCAAAAUAAUCAGAACUGCGUAAACAUCAAAAAGAUUUUCACAGACGUGUAAAGCAAACGCAGCUCCAGUCGACGAUGCUCCUCAGACCAACUACACUUUACUCUAGGAUUUUCUUCAUGCAGACCCUGUACACGGACUAAAACCUGUUGGCCUGCAGAUAAUCAUGCAUUCUCUAUAGUGGUUAAAAGUGGACGAAGGGCGGGUCAGGGACCUUAAAUAUCAUAAAAACAGUAACAAUUCGUUUGUGAUUGUCAGUCUGCAUUUGUUCUCAGUGUUAUAUAUAAUCGUCAUCAUACGUAUUGGCAAUAUAUUACAAUCUAACAAAUGCCUGUUAAUGUGCUGAAACGAUAUAUUUUCAGAGGUCACGUGUUAGUGUCACAUGCAUUUUGUUAGUAUCUAUAAGUGCAGAUAUCAUUAUAACAAACUGAACGCAUGUGGAUAAACCAUCAAACUGUCGAAUAUAUAUAUAGCCUAAUGUAUGUAUUUAUUAAUCAAACCGCCUUUACCUAUACCAAAUAACUAUGUGUUAUACAAAAUGAAAGAAUGGAUUGUUAUGGCUCAAAAUGUUUUAUUUUGUGUAGAAAAAAAGGCGUGUGAAAACAAUUAUCACCAAAUCGAUGUUAAGUGCUGUAAUCGGCCACGUAAAAAGCCAAGUUUCCCCCAAAUUCUAUUUAUCUUUUCCCUGUAGAAUUCCCCACGAUUAGCAUUCGGAAAAAGACACAGUAGGUUGGCAUAAAAAGAAAACACUGUCGUUUCUUGCGUGAGAAAACAGGACUGAGCUGAGCACGCGCGGAUUCGCCUCCCCGUCGAGACCCCUGGCUCCGCCCUAUGAUGCAGUCUCCAUAGCGACCACAGUUUCCUGGGAGGUAAAGAUCAGGACCAUGUGCUGUUAAAGAUUUCUGCUGAUGGGCAUUCAUAUGACGCAAUCGAACUGACCGGUGGCUCUAUUCCAAACUGGGCAAAGAAGUUUUAAAGAGACAGAUCCAGACUUAUCAACAACCACUAGGCACAGUAUAAAGCACAGGUCAAAGCACACAAACUCAUCUAAGGGAUGUCUGCAUUGUGGUAUAUCACAUUCUCAUCAUCUGAAGACUCUAGAAGUGGCCUUGUUCAUUGGAUACACUGCCAGACUGAAUGUAUAUAACCAAUCAGAUGGACACACAAGGGACAGAAGCUUAGACACAACUGCCUAAUACAGUGAGAAAUAUAUAAGUGAAGAUGGAUUUUGGUGUGUUCUUCAUGUAUUCACUGUUUGUACUGUUUUCAAAGCAGAUGUCUGUGUAUAAGUGUGUUAUUAUUAAGCCAAUGUUUACGUAUUAACUAUAUUAGACAUUCCAACCAAUGAAGCACCAAAUCAAUGUUUUUGAAGAGAUAAACUAAUAAAAUGGAUUGCAAACA